CGCAGGGGACGCUGUGGGAAAGCAGCGCGCCGGAAGGAGGAAGAACACAGCACUUUCAACCGGUCGGGCGAAGGAACCCUCAAGAAAUGAAGUGUCGGGCUGUGGCCACAGGAUUUCCCACUGCCCUGCUCCUCCCCUGAUAUGGCUGUCGUAUGCCAGUGAUGCAGGCCACUUGCCUCGACUGCCAGCUGCUUGCUGACCGGUGCAACCCUCUGUGUACGUGUUCUGCCUGGCUGAACAUCCUCCUAUCACCCCCAGCUAAGUUUACCCUGGCCCUCCACCUGUCUUAUCACAGUCAGGAGAUGUGACAUAAAGAAUUAAAGUUUAUAAGGGUUCAAAGGGAAGCGGCGAGGAUUCCAAGGUCCCACCAUCCUCACAGCCAAUGAGGGGCCUGUGAGGGAGGAGCUUGGGGCGGCUUAGUGCAGCUUGAGCUUCUGAGGGAAUCAUCCUCAGUAGGUGCAGUGGAGUCUGAGCUCCGCUGCACCUGUCACAGCAGAACAAAAUUGAAAAAAACAAAAGCAAAAUUUAAGAAAAGAAGAGAAGAAAUGCUGCGGACUAUGGAACCCUGUAGGACUUUCUGAAACAUUUGCUGGGGAUUCUGGUGGAUCAUGAUCUUUUAAAACCAAUUCUUUUUGAAGCCGGUUUGGGUAAUUGGGAAAAUGACACAUAUGCUAAAUGCAGCAGCUGAUCUAAUGAAAUGGACCAGAUCUAGCGCUGCUAAAAGGGCUGCCUGCCUGGUGGCUGCGGCAUAUGCUCUGAAAACCCUCUAUCCCAUCAUUAGCAGGCGUUUAAAGCAAUCUGGCCACAGGAAGAGAAAAGAAGCAGCUUACCCGACUGCAGAGAACAGAGAAAUACUGCAUUGCACCGAGACCACUUGUAAAAAUUCUUCGCCUGGAGUGAAUGCAGAUUUUUUCAAACAGCUACUAGAACUUCGGAAAAUUCUCUUUCCAAAACUUGUGACCACUGAAACAGGGUGGCUCUGCCUCCACUCGGUGGCUCUAAUCUCGAGAACAUUUCUGUCUAUCUAUGUGGCUGGUCUGGAUGGAAAAAUCGUGAAAAGCAUUGUGGAAAAGAAGCCUCGGACUUUCAUCAUCAAAUUAAUCAAGUGGCUUAUGAUUGCCAUCCCUGCUACCUUUGUGAACAGUGCAAUAAGGUACCUGGAGUGCAAAUUGGCUUUGGCCUUCAGAACUCGCCUAGUAGGCCAUGCCUAUGAAACCUAUUUUACAAAUCAGACUUAUUAUAAGGUGAUCAAUAUGGACGGGAGGCUGGCAAACCCUGACCAGUCUCUUACUGAGGAUAUUAUGAUGUUCUCCCAAUCUGUGGCUCACUUGUAUUCUAAUCUGACCAAACCUAUUUUAGAUGUAAUCCUGACCUCCUAUACGCUCAUCCAGACUGCUACAUCCAGAGGAGCUAGCCCAAUUGGGCCCACCCUAUUAGCAGGGCUUGUGGUAUAUGCCACUGCUAAAGUGUUGAAAGCCUGCUCUCCCAAAUUUGGUAAAUUGGUGGCUGAAGAAGCUCAUAGAAAAGGCUAUUUGCGGUAUGUGCACUCCAGAAUUAUAGCCAAUGUUGAAGAAAUUGCCUUUUACAGAGGACAUAAGGUGGAAAUGAAGCAACUCCAGAAAAGUUACAAAGCUUUAGCCGAUCAGAUGAACCUCAUUUUAUCCAAACGUUUGUGGUACAUCAUGAUAGAGCAGUUCUUGAUGAAGUAUGUUUGGAGCAGCAGUGGACUGAUUAUGGUGGCUGUACCUAUUAUCACUGCAACUGGCUUUGCAGAUGGUG